AUGGAUCCUUUAUAGUAAUAUAGCGAUAAUUAUGCUUUCUCUGAUUCAGUUAAAUAAGAAAGAAUGAGAGAAAUAUAGCAAACUAUUUAAUUUUAUAAAACAGCUCCUGUCCGCUCUCUUUUGAAUGAUAUUAAAAAUUAUAGUAAACAUGAUCACUCAUAAAUAGAAUUAACAGCAUACAAAAAAGUAGUUUUAUUUAAUUAGCUCGAAGAUGAUGAAAAAAAGCUUUUAAAGAGUAAACUUAAAAAGCAAGUAUUUUUCAAUUUAGGCUUAUUAGGAGUGUACAAAGUGUUGGCUAACCAUUAGAUUUUUGGCAUAAACAUGAAAUAUUUUAGAAGAAUUGUAUAAAUGUUAACAUUUAAAAAAGGCAUUUUACUUUGGCCAUUAAGUCCUCUCGUUUUCCAUUAUGAUUAUUAGGAAGUAGCUCUUCGUUUAGGCAUGAAAUAUUACUUAUUAGAAUAAAAUAAAGAUCUAUUUACAAAUACUUAAAUUUCUAAAUAAAAUCAAGUUAAUACAAAUUCUAUUGACCACUGA